UUUAUAGGUCUAUAUAAACUUCAGAUUGAUUUAUAUCAAACAUGCAAAGUUCCUGCCGUACAGUCUAGUGCCUGGGCUGCCACAAAAGUGAUUUUAGAUGAACAGUUAGAAGGAAUUAAAAAUGCAAAAACAUACAAAAGUGAAAGAAUCAUAACCUCAAAACAAGCAGCUCAUAUAAAUGUUCAAGGUGUACCUAAACCUGUAAUAAACUUCUGUGCAAAUAACUAUCUUGGUCUGUCUAGUCACCCAGGUAUAAUCGAGGCAGGGAAAAGUGCUCUGGAUGCAUAUGGUGCUGGUUUAAGUUCAGUUCGCUUUAUUUGUGGCACGCAGGAUUUGCAUAAACUGUUAGAGCAAAAAAUUGCAAAAUUUCAUGGUCGAGAAGAUUGUAUAAUAUAUCCCAGUUGUUUUGAUGCUAAUGCUGGUCUCUUUGAAGUUCUGCUGACUUCUGAAGAUGCUGUAUUGUCAGAUGAAUUAAAUCAUGCAUCCAUAAUAGAUGGAAUAAGGCUUUGUAAAGCUCAAAAAUUCCGUUAUAAGCACAGAGACAUGUCAGAUUUAGAAAAGAAAUUGCAAGAAAGUUCAUCUGCUCGAAUGAGAUUAAUUGCUACUGAUGGAGUCUUCAGUAUGGAUGGAAAUAUUGCCCCUUUGCCGGAAAUUUGUAAUUUAGCCAAAAAGUAUAAUGCAGUGGUGUUUGUUGAUGAAUGUCAUGCCACUGGUGUAAUUGGUAAAACAGGAAGAGGCACUGAAGAGCACUUCAAUCUAUCUGGAAAAAUUGAUAUCAUAAAUUCUACAUUAGGCAAAGCAUUAGGAGGAGCAUCAGGUGGUUAUACUACAGGGAAAUCUGAACUAAUUGAUUUAUUGCGUCAAAAGUCCCGUCCAUACCUAUUUUCAAAUGCACUUCCACCAGCAGUUGUUGCUUGUGCAUCAAAGGCUCUAGAUAUACUUUUUGAGAGUUCUUCACUGCUUGAGAAACUGCACAAAAAUACAAAGAUGUUUAGAUCUGCUAUUAAAGCAUGUGGAUUGGAUGUAAUAGGAGAUGAUCAUCCAAUAUGCCCAGUAAUGCUAGCAGAAGAAAAAUUAGCUAUGAGCAUGGCUGCUAAAAUGUUAGAUCAAGGUAUAUAUGUUAUUGGCUUCACAUAUCCUGUUGUUCCUAAAAAUCGAGCCAGAGUUAGGGUGCAGAUAUCUGCAGCCCAUGAUGAGAUAGAUAUUGAAAAAGCUGUGGAGGCAUUUUACUCAGUUGCUAAAGAAAUUGGAGUUAAAUAAGAUCUGAAAGCAUUUAAAAAAUUUUACUUCUGUAAAUAAAGGAAGUUCUGUUGUGAUAUCUGUUCCUGAUCUGAUAUUAAUGGACAUUUUGACUUUGUAAUAUAUUAUACAAAUUAAAUCUAUUAUUUAUAUACAAUCAAA